AUGUGUUCUUGGGAAGAGCUAGCUAGGCAAUUUUUGUUAGAGGAAGAAGAAGACGAUGAGGAGUUUUUCUUUAUUCUUCUCCCUGCUAUACUUCCAUUCCUCUCUGAAGAGAAAAGGUCUAUCCAUACCUCCUCUCUCUCUGGUGCCCAGAAGGUUAAGGAGAUUCUUGAAGGGCACGAGAGUUGGUGCAAGUCUGAGUUUCGAAUGGAGCCAGAAAUAUUUAAAGCCACAUCAAAUUUUCUUAGAAGAGAGGGUUUGUUACGUGACACACGAGGAGUUAACGUCGAAGAGCAGCUUGGGAUGUUCAUGUAUAUGAUCUCCCACAAUGCCAGUAACCAAAUGCUUCAAAAGGCUUUUCAACAUAGUGGAGAGACUAUCCAUCAAAAAAUAUCAGAAGUUUUUGAUAUAGUUCCCACUCUAACUCAGCGGUUCGUGAAGCUUCCCAAUUCUAUCCAGACACAUCCAAAAAUUAUAACAGAUUCUAGGUUCAUGCCCUUUUUUCAGAUUUGCAUUGGAGCAAUUGACGGAACCCAUGUACCUAUCACCAUUGCAGAAGAUAAGGCUCCUCCUUAUCGAAAUAGGAAAGGGUCACUUUCACAAAACGUGAUGUUAGCAUGUGACUUUGAUCUGAAUUUUAUAUUUAUUUCAUGUGGGUGGGAAGGCUCAGCCUCAGAUGCAGGGGUCCUUCGAUCCGCUAUCAGUAAAGGGUUCAGUGUGCCAGAAGGAAAAUUUUAUCUUGUGGAUGGUGGGUAUUGA